AUUCCGUGUCAUACAUUACAAAUCCAAGGCCUAUAAAUUCACCGAGAAAAUCCCACCACCCUCGCCUUGUGCAAGUAUAGUAGGAGAGAGAGAGAGAGAGGGAGGGUGUUGGUUCAGUAACAAAACACCCAAAGCGAGCGACCGUGUGGAGAGAGAGAGAAUGGGCGGUUGGGCCAUAGCGGUUCACGGCGGCGCUGGUGUGGAUCCAAACCUCCCACAAGAGCGCCAAGAAGAGGCCAAACAACUCCUGACUCGAUGCCUCAAUCUUGGCAUCUCCUCUCUUCGCUCCUCCUUCUCUGCUAUAGAUGUCGUUGAACUCAUCGUGCGCGAAUUAGAAAGUGAUCCUUUAUUCAAUUCCGGCCGUGGAUCUGCACUGACUGAGAAUGGAACGGUGGAGAUGGAGGCCAGCAUCAUGGAUGGUUCUGGCAGGAGAUGCGGCGCCGUUUCUGGUAUCACCACCGUGAAGAACCCUAUUUCCCUUGCCCGCCUCGUAAUGGAAAAGUCUCCCCAUUCUUAUCUUGCAUUCUCUGGAGCCGAAGAAUUUGCUAAACAACAGGGUGUGGAAAUGGUGGACAAUAAUUACUUCAUCACUGAGGACAACAUUGGCAUGCUCAAAUUGGCAAAAGAAGCCAACACCAUCAUGUUUGAUUAUAGGAUUCCACUAGCUGGAUCAGAAUCAUGUAGUGCAGUGGUGGAGAGCCCUAUUCAAAUGAAUGGACUUCCAAUUAGUGUUUAUGCCCCUGAGACAGUUGGGUGUGUGGUGGUAGAUAGUGAACGUCGAUGCGCUGCUGCCACCUCGACCGGUGGACUUAUGAAUAAAAUGACAGGUCGCAUAGGCGACUCUCCUCUAAUUGGUGCUGGCACCUAUGCUUGUGACUUGUGCGGUGUUUCGUGCACAGGUGAAGGCGAGGCCAUUAUACGUGGGACCCUGGCUCGCGAUGUUGCGGCUCUUAUGGAGUACAAGGGCCUAAACCUCCAGGAGGCUGUGGAUUAUGUGAUCAAGAAGCGGCUGGACAACGGCAAGGCUGGGUUGAUAGCUGUAUCUAAUAAUGGCGAAGUGGCUUAUGGGUUUAAUUCAGUCGGGAUGUUUAGGGGUUUUGCCACCGAAGAUGGGUUCAUGGACGUUGGUAUUUGGUAGUAGAUGGUUUGCUUUGGAUGUUCUACUUCUACAUAUAUGCCAUAAUAAAGCAUUAUGCAAAUCCACUUCGUCUUGUCUCUUUUUUCUUUAACUUAUGGUGUAUCGAAUUGAAAUCAAGACUUCGUCGUCGUAAUUGUUGGUUUCGAGAUUAUGAAAAAUGGUCGUGCUUAGUUAGUUGUA